UCUUCACAAUCAUCUUUUUUUUUCUCUUCAAUAUUGUUUCAUAAUUAAUUGGUUUCUUAUGGAUAAAGGAUGGGGACUUACACUUGAGAAUAAGCCAUUUUUCGGGUUUAAUCAUAUGAUGAACCGUAGAGAAGAGCAAUUAGUAGCUGAUCAUCAUGACAAAAAAGAAGUUGAUUUCUUCUCUCAUCAUAACAGAAAGCCUAUACAUCAUGAUUUUAUAAAGAAGGAAGAUUCGAAUGCUACUACUAUUACUACGCCAUCUGAAUUCAUCGUAAAUACUGGUUUGCAGCUUGUGACUGCAAGUGAUCAAUCAACGGUAGAUGAUGGGAUUUCGUCGGAGAUAAUACUAGAAGAAGAAAGAGCCAAAAAUGAGUUAGCACAACUACAAGUUGAAUUGAGAAGGAUGAACGCCGAAAAUCAACGUUUGAGAGGGAUGCUUACCCAAGUCACCAACAAUUAUACGGCACUUCAGAUGCAUCUUGCUACACUCAUGCAACAACAGCAGAUUUCAACAACUCAAAAUACACAUGACCAGAUUGUGGAAGCAAAGUUUGAUCAAGAAAACAUAGUUCCAAGAAGAUUCUUGGAAUUAGGUCGAAGUGGUAACGAUCUAUCUCAUAAUUCCCAUUCUUCAUCAGAAGAAAGAACAGUUUCUAAAUCACCUCGAAACGAUACACAAGUUACAAGGCAUAAUAAGGCCGCCGGCAGAGAAGAAAGCCCAGAAUCUGAAAGUUGGGUACCUAACAAGGUCCCCAAAUUGAAUUCCUCAAUGCCAAUUGAUCAAACAACAGAUGCAACCAUGAGGAAAACUCGUGUCUCCGUUCGUGCCCGAUCAGAAGCUCCCAUGAUUAGUGAUGGAUGCCAAUGGAGAAAAUACGGGCAAAAAAUGGCGAAAGGCAAUCCAUGUCCCCGAGCUUAUUAUCGCUGCACCAUGGCUGUUGGUUGCCCCGUGCGCAAACAGGUUCAAAGGUGUGCUGAGGAUCGGACAAUUUUGAAUACAACUUAUGAAGGUACACACAACCACCCCCUACCACCAGCAGCGAUGGCCAUGGCAUCAACUACAUCAGCUGCAGCAAAUAUGUUGCUAUCAGGUUCGAUGUCAAGUGCAGAUGAGACGUUAAUGAAUCCGAAUUUCCUAGCAAGGACUAUGCUUCCAUGUUCGUCAAGUAUGGCGACUAUUUCAGCAUCAGCUCCAUUUCCCACUAUAACAUUGGACCUAACUCAAAACCAAAACUCAUUGACUUAUAAUCAAAGAAGUACUCCAAUUUCUCAAUUUCAAAUUCCUUUCCAAUCAAGCCCUCAACAUCCGAACUUUAUUACAUCAAUGCCGCCACCACCAAUGCCUCAGGUUUUACAUAACCAGUCAAAGUUUUCAGGCCUACAAAUUUCUCAAGACAUUCAUCAACCUCAACAAUUACAACAUGUUCAAAACAACCGAUCAUUUUCCGACACGCUCACGGCCGCCACUGCUGCCAUCACCGCCGAUCCCAAUUUCACUGCCGCUCUGGCAGCGGCCAUCUCGUCCAUAAUUACUGGUCCUGGAAAAGAACAGUAGUUUUGAUAUCAUCUUUGUAAAAUUGUUAAUUAAAUAAUUAGUACUGUAAUAUUAGUAAUUUUCUUCCUUCUUUGAUUUACGAGGCUAUUUUGGG